CUGCCGUAGCACACUCCAGCCGCAGUCUCCGGACAGACACACGCGGCGCCGCCCACACCCACGCCCGAGACACCCGUUGCUCUACACUCCUACAGGAUUACACCUUCCUUUGCUAGACAGAAAAUUGAAGAAAAAUAGCCUAGUGACGUGUUAUGUAUUCAGUGUUUUGAAAGAGUCCGGAGCUGCUUUGGUAUUCAUCCACUACGUCUUUAAUCCCGUCUGAAAAUUCCCCCCGCGUUAUUAUCAUCGGUUGUCCUUGAAUUUUUAUUUGUAUAACAAGUGGAAGGGUGUGUAGAGCGACGAACACCUCCAACUACACACAGAUAGCCGCGUCGGGACCUGCCAGGUGUAGUGAGCAGCGCCACCAAGUGUGAAGUAUUGAGAGUUAGCGUGUAGAGGCGCAGCAGCCACCCACCACCACUAUGACUCCACACUGGACCUGGCAUCUCCUGACGGUGGUGAUGGUACUAGCCGUCCCCUCCCUCCCUCAGCUGGCUAUACCUCGUGACGGCGAUGGACACGGUGGUGGACACGGCGGCGGUGGACACGGCGGCGGUGGACACGGCGGCGGAGGCUACAGCGGAGGAGGAAGUGGUUAUGGUGAUCAUGGUGGAGGUUAUGGUGGACAUGGCGGUGGCGGAGGAGGGUAUGGUGGACAUGGCGGUGGCGGAGGAGGCUAUGGUGGACAUGGCGGCGGCGGCGGGGGUGGCUACGGAGGAGGAGGGGGACACGGGGGAGGGGGGUACAAUCCCUCCCCCUGCCACCCCCAGACCAUCACCAAGUAUAACACCGUGUACAAGGAUCGCAAGGCGGAGAUCGUCAACAAUGUGGAGGUGCGAAACCCGAAGCCUCACGUGAAGAAGGUGGUUGAGACUCGUUACACCACCCUCAGGUACCCAGUAUUCAUCACGCAGGUGAUCAAGCCGCUGCUCACACAGGUGGAGACCAAAGUACGACCCAUGUUCUUCACCAAGACCAUCAACCGCUACACCACCGUCAAGUUCACCGUCACGGGCAUCGGUCAGGUCACCAUCACCACCGUCAAGUUUGAGAAGGAGUACAUCACGCGCUGCAUGAAGAAGGGCUACGGACAUCGUCGAGACGCCUCUGACGGCCCUGAAGUUCGUGAGAGUAUAGAACCCGACGCCACCACCAGGCCCACCUACAGCACCCGGCCAGCGCCGCCGCCGGGCAUCCCUUAUGAUGCACCCUGGAGCAAGAAUGUGAGGCCGCCCAUCUACACCCCAAAGGAGAGGGAGAUCGAUCCUGCAGGGGCCCUGGCCGCUCAAGAAACUUUGUCCCCCGACAGACCAGGGUUUGUACGACCAAACAGACCGAUAAGACCAUUUAGACCAAGUCCACCGCGACCAGUAGGACCACCAGGACCCUUUGGACUGUUCGGUGCCCUGGCCCAGUUUGGGGACAGCCUAACAGGGUCUCAACGUGACUAUGGGAGUCAACCUAACUUACCUCACCCGCCCCUCACCCGACCCCCUGUUGCUGUCAUAGGCUGAUGGUUCACCUCACAGUGAAGUAUUAGCUCUUCAUACACAGUCCAACUAGUCUCUUCGUUAAUGGUAUUCCGUUAACUGUUAGUUUAGCUACCAUUAUUGUUAGAAGCGAUCAGUAAUUAUGACAAAUGACUUCUGUAAAUGUUAAAAGAUAUAUGUAUGAUUCUAUUGUCUUUUAUUCACCAAAGGAUCCGAUAAACACUUAACUCACCCCAUGACAACAAAAUGUUCUACUAAAUUAUUAAUAUUCCUGUCUGCUAAAUCAUGUUGUUAAGCCUGACCCCCGUUAGGUGAUGGGGGCGGGUCCUGCCUGAAGGGAGGCUGGUUACUCCCGCGUGUUGGCGGCACUCUGCUUCUAGUUGUCGAGUUGUAAACACUUGUGAUAUGUUAACAGUUAUAUUUUUAUACAUUAAAAUUUGUUAAUUA